AUAGAACUGAAGAGGCCAAAAUAAUGAUCUUCAUUUUGGCGUUGCACCGAUAGUCGGGCUUUUCCUCGCCCGCGCGCCGGCCGCUAAGUCAGGUUGACGUCUGGGCAAGUUACUUGCUGGCUGGUGAACUGAUGCUGGUGUCACAAGUACCCCUGCUCCAACCAACAUCCAAUCUCCAGCUCCCAAAAUAUUUCCCCAAACCUUAACUUGCUCCGUACAACAACAGUUGUCACAUCACCUCACCUGCAAGAGUCUCUUCUUCCCCUUCUUUCCGCUUGUUUAUGUUUAUUUCUUGUGCUAUUCCCUCGACUACAUCCUGGAACCUCUCUCCGUCGUCGCGGCGGUGCAUUGUUUGACGACUUGCGAAUUGAUUUGACUCUGUUGGCCGUCCCCGUGUCUCACCGCAACCAAAUGAUUGAGCAGCGAACGAAACGAAACGAAACGUUUAUCACGACCUCAUUGAAUGCAGCGACUUUAAUAAUACGCGAUCCUUGAUGACCUCCUCAGAAUUCGACUAUUAAUCCCCUUACGAGUCUGUCCUUACCAUAAUUAAUUCGCAGCUUCGGUCAUCCUGCAUGUGCCACUACAGUUCUCGAUUGAUACGAUACCGCCAACGGGACUCCUUCCCGUCAAUAUUCCGCUACCGCUCGACAUAAGCCGAUCGCUUCGUGUCCCUCACCGAACGUACACGACCCAUACUCGGUCUCCCUCCUCGCGGCGUGGCCAGGCGGCAUCCGGCGCGGAGGGAUGCAGGCCCUGAAAGGACAAGCAGAGCUUGUGCGCAAGGCAAAGCUUGCUCGCUCGUAUCAGGAGCUUCUCGACGAAUUCGCGAGCCAUGACCUCAAAUCUGUUGGCAACUACGCUCUUGGGAGACUGAUCGGGAAGGGAUCUUUCGGAAAAGUCUACCUGGCGUCGCAUAAACUGACCAAUGGCUCCAAGGUCGUUCUCAAGUCUGCCAACAAGGGCGACUCGAACCUUGCACGAGAAAUCCACCAUCACCGGCAGUUCAUACAUCCACAUAUAGCAAGAUUAUACGAAGUUAUUGUCACUGAAAACAUGGUCUGGAUGGUUCUGGAGUACUGUUCUGGCGAUGAACUCUACAACCACCUACUCGAGCACGGUCCACUCCCUGUUUCGAAAGUGCAAAAGAUCUUCACACAGCUCGUUGGCGCAGUUAGCUAUGUUCACAAUCAGUCAUGUGUCCAUCGAGACCUGAAGCUUGAGAACAUCCUCUUCGACAAGCACGAAAACGUCAAACUGGUCGACUUCGGUUUCACAAGAGAGUACGAGGGGAGGACGAACCACCUACAAACGUUUUGCGGCACCAUCUGCUAUUCUGCACCCGAGAUGCUCAAGGGCGAAAAGUACGCUGGUGAAAAGGUUGAUGUUUGGAGUUUGGGCAUCAUCCUCUAUGCACUGCUGUGUGGUGAACUUCCCUUUGAUGACGAUGACGAUAAUAUUACCCGGACCAAGAUCCUGAGCGAGGAUCCCAAAUUUCCCGAUAAUAUGCCCCCCGAGGCUAUUCCUUUAAUUAAGGCAUUAUUAUCGAAAAGGCCAUUGUUACGUCCAUCGCUGCCCGAGAUUCUUUCGAAUUCAUUCUUGGCUGAACAUGCUCCGACACAGAGAGCCAUUCUAGAUGUCCAGCAACCGCCCCCUUUCUCGACGCCCUUGGAGAAGGAUUGCUUACAGAGGAUGCGAAGUUCUGGUGUCAAUAUUGACGGAGUGAUUGAAAGCGUGUUGGCACAGAAGUGCGAUGCUUUGGCUGGCUGGUGGGCUCUGUUAUUAGAAAAGGAACAACGCAAGAUGCAGCGCAGGGAGAAGAAGAGAAGAGAAAGGGAGAUCGACAGCCGCAGCAUUCGACGGCUAUCCGCGGCAUCUAGUCGGCUAGAAAGAAUGGCUCCAAUCCUACACGAAGUUGACGAGGCGAACGGCACCGGGCGACAUUUGAGACUUGAACCGUCAAACUCCCGAAACAGGGGGAGGAGCGAGCGACGAAGCGCACAUUACGUCGACUAUGUGGUAACUGACCUUCCACAGCUUCCAGAGGUUGGUAGGGACUCCGGAGGAAUGAACGAAGAUGGCGAUCAUCCUCCGCCACCUGUUGACAAAGACUCGAUAAGGUCCGUGUCAACAUCUCGCCAGCGCAGGCCUAUUCCACCACCUAAGGAGGGUUUAAUACGCAGUGCUCGGUCUCGAGGCUCUACUCUUCACCUUGUCACGACUUCGGACGCACUGGCUUCGAAUGCUAGUGACGAACAUCACCAGCACAACGGCCAUGGGAGGCCAAAAAGGAGACCUAGUCAACCACUGAUAUCCCACUGGAAGAAUAUGACACAUUGGCUUGUCGAAAGUGCGACAAGGAGGAGACGUGGCCACGCCAGGCGAACCAGCCAGAGCACCCCCGACCUACACAAGAAGGAGGGGAGCACAGCGAGCAGUAAAGAUGGGAGUUCGCGACCACAGACAAGCAAAUAUCCUAACUCUACCUCGCCAGGAACACAGCCAACUGCUUCACUGCCGAAGGGAGUCGUGGCUAACGGCCAGAAGACCUAUCAGGCUGGGAGCAGUACCCAGCGAACGGCAUCGGGAAGCCUGGCGUCACCAACAAUUCCGCCACCUCGGAUCGCAACAUCGUACAAACGACAGUCAUUGUCUCCUUCUCCUCUUACACCGAGAUCGACUGUCAGGCGGUCGUCAGCUGGACUUCGGGGCCGAAAGUCGACAUCAUCCUCGGUAUCCUCUGUUCGAUCCAUCCAUCAUCACCAUCACUCGCAUUCCAAGGCGUCGUCUACGAGCUCCGCUGCUUCGUUCUCUACUUCGAUGUCCAAGACACCUCUUCAACGAGGGCAUUCACCACACCACUCAGUCAAGGUGCUUCCAGCAACACCCACGUCGCAUGCCUUCCCAUCCAAUAUUCGUCUCGUGCGAGCGACUCCGCCGACUCUGAAUAUGUUCAAUGAAGGCAUGCCAUCCGAAGGUCCCCCACAAGCUCCAGGUUCGCCUAACCCUUUUGCAUCAGGCAUCAUGUUCGCCAAGCGGAAACGGAAUUUGUUCAAGGGCCCGACACUAAACAAUUUUGGUGGGCCCUCUCAAAGCCAACGCAACAGUGGCUCCGGUUCGCAUUCCCGCAGCGCUAGUGCCUCUGGCCUGGGACGCCGAUCUGGAGAAAUCACGAUUCAAGAAGAAGACGAGGGGUCCGAAGACGACGACGACGACGAUGUCGAAGAAGUUGAUGUUUUUAGUCCGGUGAUAGGUGGCCCGGGGGAGCGGAUCGAGGAGCAGAUCUUUGAAGAGAAUGAGCCUCAGCCGAGCCUAGAACCAGCGCCAACCAUCAUUCAAAACAAGUCAGAAGGCCCGUCCACGGCCACUGCGGGGAAGGCACCUGCGACUUGAUGAAAAUUCUCCGUUAGAAAGCAGUUCAACGACUUGACGAAUUAUACUAGAUAAUUUCCUGGACGACAGUGUUGGAAUCGCUUCAUUACAGGGUCCCAAAGCUCUGCGGUACAACGCUGUUUCUGUUUCUGUUUCUGUUUUUAUUCGUCUCCGAUUCUUCAGCUUUGGCAUCAUUCGUCGAAACAUCGAAUGGCGCAUAGCCCCUUAUGGAUACCUCUUUUUGUUAUAUACGAUCAUGGAACGAUAGAGCUUAACAGACUAUUAUUUAUGCGUUUGCAAAUCAGCCAGCCUUGCUUGUCUUAGUAACUUGUUCUAGAUGAGAAUCUAUCAGCCAUUCACUUUGUUUCUUGGCUUGUUCGGUCUUUCUGCAAGCUCCAUAGCCCUUGCGUGAGUCGCGUAAAUAAUUUUGAGUAUCUAAUUCUUUCGAGUGUUUCGUUGUCUCGUCCAAAGAACACCUUCCAACAAUCGCUCAGUGAUACUAACUAA